UUGACAGAGCUCUGGCGGCCAAGCACACAGUUGCAGGUCAAAGUUUAGCAAAAGUUAUUUGUAAAGCAACCACUGAAGAAAUCAUGGGUCCAAAAAGGAAACACCUUGACUAUUUGCUCCAAUGUACCAAUGAGCCAAACAUCUCUAUACCUCAAAUGGCAAACUUAUUGAUUGAAAGAACACAAAAUGCUAGCUGGGUGGUUGUUUUCAAAGCUCUUGUUACUGUUCAUAAUCUUAUGAAUUAUGGAAAUGAGAGGUUCACUCAGUUCCUGGCAUCAAACAACUGCUCUUUCAACCUAUCUGGAUUCACUGACAAGAGUGGACCACAAGGUUAUGAUAUGUCAGCAUUCGUGAGGAGGUACUCAAAGUAUCUAAAUGAAAAAGCUUUCUCUUACAGGCAGAUGGCAUUUGACUUUUGUAAAGUCAAGAGAGGAAAGGAUGACGGCUUAUUGAGAACCAUGGAUACAACAAAGUUAUUGAAAGCACUGCCUGUACUUCAGAGCCAACUCGACACCCUCAUUGAAUUUGAUGUGUCAGCAAAUGAAUUAACGAAUGGAGUUAUUAAUGCAGCAUUUAUGUUGAUGUUCAAGGACCUUAUAAGAUUGUUUGCCUGCUACAAUGAUGGAAUCAUCAAUCUCUUAGAGAAAUAUUUUGACAUGAACAAAAAAAAUUGCAAAGAUGCACUGGAAAUAUACAAAAAGUUUCUUGCUCGAAUGGAUAGAGUCUGCGAGUUUUUGAAAGUGGCAGAGAAUGUUGGAAUUGAUAAAGGUGAUAUUCCUGAUUUGGCAAAGGCUCCUUCCAGCUUGUUAGAGGCGUUGGAACAGCACAUGAAUUCAUUGGAGAAUACAAAGAAGGGUGGAGCAGUUGUUACCACCAAACCAACAGCUGGCAUAUCAGCGGCAAUCAGCAACUAUGCAACAGCUUCUCAAGUUGGUGCAGCCCCUGGUGCUGGUAUCGGCACAACUUCAAUUUCUGAUGAAGAACGACAAAGAAUAUUGGAAGAAGAGCAAAGACAACUUGACCAGAUGAAGCAACAGAGAAUGAAGCAAAUGGCUGGCUCUCCGGCUGGUAGUUCAACAUCAUCAAAUACUUCCUCUAAAAUGUUAGCCUCACAACCAGCAACAACAACAAGUACAACUACCAGUGCAUCAGCAACAGUCACAACAAAGCCCAUGAAUGAUCCAUUUGGAUCGAGUGCUGCAACUGCGCCAACAGUUUCAGCAACAGUGGCAAACCACAACAAACACAGCCACAUUGACGAUUUAUUAUCUCUUGAUAAUCCUAUUGAUCAACAUCAACCGCAACAUUCAUUUUUCUCCCAGCAACAGCAACCUCCGUUCAUCCAGCAACCACAGUUACAACAAAAUUUAUUUGCCAGUAAUUCGUUCAUGACCCCUAAUCAGCAGCAUGUUUUCAUGCCUCAAGCAACUCUCACAAUGCUUCAGACAACUGCAUCAACAACUAACUCGGUCAUACCUGCACUCAAUCCAUUUGCUCCACAACAAGCCCAACAACAACCACUACUUUUUUCUCACUUGCAAUCACAACCUUGGGGAAAUGUUAUCACCUCAUCCAGGACCUUUGACGCAAUGGCUAGGUGCACUGCUUACACUAGUGCUCUCAUGGGCACGAGAUAA